GCCGCCAUAUUGUGUCGGGGUCUCGGGAAGUUAGGCACGGCUAGUCUUGUGUUGUCUAGCACAACUUUCCAAAAUUCCACUUUUCAGCCCUAAAAUGCCACUGGCACAACUUGCAGACCCAUGGAGGCGGAUGGAAAUGGUCCACGAGGGGGAGGUAAGCGCAGAUAUGCGUAAGGCCUCCACCGAAGACAUGCUUGUAGACGAGCAGAAUGAUAAUGAAAUGGACAGAGAGAUUGAUGUUACCAGUCUCAUGAGGGAUGGAGAAAGAGUGUCAGCCUCCGACUUUGAACUUUUGAAAGUAUUGGGACAGGGCUCCUUCGGGAAGGUGUUUUUGGUGAGAAAGGUAACAGGAUCAGAUAGUGGUGGACUCUAUGCAAUGAAGGUGUUAAAGAAAGCCACAUUGAAAGUAAGAGACAGACAGAGGACAAAGAUGGAAAGGGACAUUCUAGCUGAUGUAAAUCAUCCUUUUAUAGUAAAACUUGAUUAUGCAUUCCAAACAGAGGGCAAACUAUACUUGAUAUUGGAGUUCCUGCGAGGUGGUGACCUCUUCACACGUCUGUCCAAGGAGGUUAUGUUUACCGAAGAGGAUGUGAAGUUUUACCUUGCUGAAUUAGCACUAGCCCUGGACCACCUCCAUUCCCUCGGCAUUGUGUACAGGGACCUCAAACCAGAAAACAUAUUACUAGACACAGAUGGCCAUAUCAAGUUGACAGACUUUGGACUUAGUAAGGAGUCCAUAUUUGAUGAGAAGAAAACUUACUCAUUCUGUGGAACGGUGGAAUACAUGGCUCCAGAGGUUGUCAACCGUAAAGGUCAUGGCACUGCUGCUGAUUGGUGGUCUUAUGGUGUUCUCAUGUUUGAAAUGCUGACUGGUGCACUACCAUUUCAAGGAUCAAAUAGGAAGGAAACAAUGACUCAGAUUUUGAAAGCAAAACUAGGAAUGCCACCGUUUUUAUCCCCGGAAGCACAGUCACUGCUGAGAGCACUGUUCAAACGGAAUCCACAGAACAGACUAGGAAUGGGACCCAACGGUAUUGAGGACAUUAAAAAACAGCCAUUUUUCUCCACGAUAGACUUUGAUAGGUUGAUGACACGGACAAUUAACCCACCUUUUAAACCUGCUGUUGUACAGACAGAUGAUGCUUUCUACUUUGACACAGAAUUUACUUCCAGAACACCGAAAGAUUCCCCAGGAAUUCCUCCUAGUGCGACGGCCCAUGAAUUGUUCCGUGGCUUUAGUUUUGUAGCACCAGCACUACUACACGACAAUUCUGAAAUCCCUAACCCGUUAGAUAAUGAAAUUAGCCUUAAAAAGUUGCCAGGUGUAAAGUCCAUUCAGUUUUCCGAUGAAUAUGAAAUGAAAGAGGAUAUUGGUAUCGGGUCAUAUUCUGUAUGCAAGCGCUGCAUCCACAAGCUCACAGGAGGAAGCUUUGCUGUAAAAAUCAUGGACAAAGAGAAAAGAGAUCCCUCAGAGGAGGUGGAAAUUUUGCUCAGGUUUGGCCACCAUCCAAACAUCAUUUCUUUACGGGAUGUUUUUGACAAUGGGAACAAAGUAUACAUGGUGACAGAAUUAAUGCAGGGUGGUGAACUGCUAGAUAAAAUAUUAAGACAACGAUUUUUUUCGGAAAGAGAAGCCAGUGCUGUGUUGCAAGUUGUAGCAAAAACUGUGGAAUAUCUACAUUCAAAUGGCGUUGUACAUAGAGACUUAAAACCAUCCAAUAUAUUGUAUGCUGAUGAGAGUGGGUCGCCAGACAGCCUUAGGAUAUGUGACUUUGGCUUUGCUAAGCAGCUCAGAGCAGACAAUGGCCUCCUUAUGACACCCUGCUAUACAGCUAACUUUGUAGCACCAGAGGUACUGAAGCGCCAGGGUUAUGAUGCAGCCUGUGAUAUUUGGAGUCUUGGGGUACUACUCUAUACAAUGCUGGCGGGUCACACUCCAUUUGCAAAUGGCCCAAAGGACACGCCCAACGAUAUCCUGUCGAGGAUUGGGACCGGCAAGUUUACUUUGUCUGGGGGAAACUGGGAUUCUGUGUCCCCAGCAGCAAAGGAUCUUGUGCAGAAAAUGCUGCAUGUUGAUCCUCAGAGUCGACUGACAGCCACGCAGGUGCUCAACAACUCAUGGAUUGCCCACCGGGAAACACUGCCUCACCUGCGACUCACACUUCAGGAUGCUCAGCUUGUUAAGGGAGCAAUGCACGCCACAUUUGAGGCACUUAAAGAACAGCCAAAGCCAGUGUUAGAACCUGUCGGAGCAUCAAUUCUGGCUCAGAGAAGGGGCAAAAACAGACCAAAGAGUUCAACAGCAGUGUGACAACUAUACCUAUUCCUAUCUGAAGGUCAAUGCUGUUACUAGGGGCUGGAAUCUCAACUUCAGGCCCUUUUUGUCCUGGAGUCAGAAUCUAGGGAGCUGGACUUGUACCUCAGGAGAGGACACCGAGACCUUCAUCUCCAUUCUCACUUGUUUACUUGUCUUCUGUGUUGUAGUUGACAACAUUUUAGCUUCUAUUUACUUGUGCAGGACUCUUCACCAGUUUAACCAAUGGCAAAUUAUUACAUAAAGUUGUCCAUACCCUUUUUGUACUAAAUGAAUAACAUGUCUACCCCCAUCUUCCUUGUACCCCACCCCAAAUACCCCCACCACUACCCCCUCAAGCCCACCAUCGGAAAUGCUGGCAUACGUAAUGCAUUAUGAUGAUGAUAUUAUAGUUAUCAUGCUAUGGUUAUUUUACAUACAUUUUUCAAUAUUUUAGUACAUAUUAUGGGUUGAUUUCAUAAUAAUUGAAAAUAGAUUAUUCCUUUAAUUAAUUAAAGAUCAAAACACACAUGCCUCUUUAUUAUCUGCUUAAUUCAUGUAUCAGUAUGAUAACUAAGAUAUUAAAUGGCCACUAUAUAUGAAACUUGUUUUUGUAAGAAAAAAUAGUUUUCAGUAUUGAAUCAUCUGUCAGUUGAUUGUAUAACUUGUUUUGACUAUAUAUCUUCUGUUAAUUUUUAUGACACAUUAUAUUACAUCAUAAUAGAUUUUGUGAAAAACUUUCAGGUUCAUACUUUUUUUUUUUGGUGUUACGUCCUUGAAACAGAUGAAAUCAGCAGAAUGUUUGAAGGUCACACUAAUUGUAAAGAGCCAAAGGUCAAAUUAUAGCCAUGUUGUCAUACAUUCUAUAACUGGACAUUUUAUUUUGUUAUGAAACCUAUCAUAAAUGUUAUGCAUUUCCAUAUCUGGUGUGAAGUAUCCAUCAUGAAUAAGAAUGAUUUUGGUUCAUAUCAAUAAAUAUCUAUCACGAAUAUGUAUGAGUGGGGUCCAUAUCAAUAAAGAUCUAUCAUGAAUAUGUAUGAGAGGAAUUCAUAUCAAAGAAGUAUAUUAUGAAUAUGUAUGAGUGGGGUUCAUAUUACAUGCGUGAUGUCAUUGCAUGGAGUUGAAGGUCAAAUUAUUGUCCAAACCCUACUUCCUUAGGCCCCAUACAUAUUAACUCUUGAAGCAUCAUAAAUGUAUUUAAUGGCUGGACUAAGUGUUUAUGAAAGGUCAAGAGGUUAAGAGUAUUCCCUUGGGAGCCAUAGAUAUUUUUGUUUUUAUUUCAAAGGAUCUUAAGUACUAAUAUAUGUAUAUGUUGUUAACAAGUGAUUCAGUAUUGUACGUCUGUAAGAAAUUGAAAAUGAACAAUAUGGAUUUGCUCAAUGAAGAUUAUGGCUCUAUCUGCAAACUUUUAUAAGGGUGUUGAUCUGCUGUUAUACCGGUUCAAUUUAAACAUUUAGUUUGAACAAAUAUGUCAUUUAUUGUUUGAAAUUAGAGAGUAUCUAAAAAAAAUUCAUGUUUCAAAGCCUUCGUGCUGUUGUGAAAACUUAUUGCACCCAAAGUUCUAUGUGAUUCUAUUUUCCACAUAAUUUCAAAUCCCAAUAACUUUUUAUAUCGAUAGCCUUUAUGCAAAUUCCUUGUAAAUAACCUUGAAAAAACUUUAUCCUAUGAAAAUUGGUAGCUUUUCAAUUUUACAUCCCAUGACCACCCUUGAGUCUGUCAGUUUGGAAAGAGCUCAAGUGAGAAAUUGAAGAGGAGUAGGAUUUUAACUUCCAUCAGGCCAUCAGAACCUGUCUGGGCAUUAAAGUAUAAGAUUGUUUUGAGUAUAAGAGUAUUGGUGUGCAGCAAUGUUCACAUGAUAUACAGAACUAAAACUAGCUAGAUACCAGGAUCUCUUAUUUCUCCUUCCUCUAAGAUAAAGAACUUCAUACUGGAUUUUUUACACAUAAACAAAAUGAAAAGGGGCCUGAGACAGGAUAAUUGUGUAACAUGAUGAAAUAUUUUUUCAAACUAAAUAAUGAGCAAGAAAAGAUUGUAAGUUGUAUUCGUUUUUUUUUGAUAUCAGGUUAAAUUCUUUAUGAUCCAGAGCUCAUACUUCAGUUUGGGUAUGGUGCUGGAAUCUUACACAAUGGAGAUUGCCUGAUCUCAGUCAGUUCUGGAAAUACAUUUUGUUUUUACCAACAGUUAUUUAUAAGAUAAAAUAAAAUCUUACAGUAAAUGAUUAUUCAUUGAACAGUUUAUAGCACAUACUAUCUAAUAUUAACAAAAAUGUUAAUAGGCUACUAAUUAAUAAACUGCUAAUUCUAUACAAAUAAUAAUACUAUUGUUAUUAUUAAAUUGAUUUCUUCAUGAAGUUGAAAAAUGUCAAAAUGUAGUGCUUUGUUCCAAGUGGUCAACUUAUAAGUUGACAGAACAUGUUAAAUAAGUGUUGCCAAAUAAGUUUUAUUUUAAAUCUGUAAUAAUUCCAUAUAUAUUAACUAUAAUUCAUUGAUACAGAAGCAAAGCUAUGCACUGUACCAUUUCCAUAGGUUUUUCCAUUGGUUUUAGUCCAUAAGAGUGAGAUCAGUAUAAAAUUAGAAUUUGAGUUGUUGGUAAAUUCAACUGAAUAACUAGUUUUGUAUGUUGAACAUGCAACAUUAAAAUUCUCUUGGUGUGAGUUUACUACACAAGAUGUUUAAUGAAGGUUGCAGUUCUUAUUUGUAUUGAGUUAUUAAAGUUUCAUAAACAGCUGAAAUUAUAUAUUAAUUAGGUUUCACUCUUCACACUGCUAAUCUGUAUGUUUUCCAAAAUGUUAAAGCAUGUGAAAGAGAUAAUAUGGAAAACAAUUAUUUGUUGUUAAAAGUCUUUAAUUAAACAAAGUGCAUAUAAUAUACAUGUACUCUUGUUAUUUGAAUAAUGUAUAUUUACAUGUAAAUAAAAUAAACACGUGCGAGGAGGAAGCUCGACUGCUGGAGAUAAAUUUUGUGUGUGUGAAUGUUAUUGACUGUUGUGAUAAUGAUAAAUUUUAUGAAUAUAUAUUAAAUCAGGUGUAAAUCUUGAUACUAUAGAUUUAUCUAUAUGUUCAUUAUAUUGUAUACAUAAUAACUUUUUUCUUUUCUUCGUUUUUGCUCAUUUCAACCAAAGGGUUUUUCUUUGGAUAAUUUGAUAUACAUGUAAAUGUCUUGAUAUUUUCCUCAGAUCAUUUGUUGUUAAUGAUUUUUUUCUUCUUCUCUUCAUUGAUAACUUAAUAAAACCCUAUUGAAGAAAUUGAAAUCGUAGCCAUGAACUGUACAAUAAACGUACUCUUAUGAAGUCCCUAACACUGGUCAAUACUGAAGCGAUACUACUGUCCCUAAAGCUUAUGUUUUCUGAGCUGAUAGUGUCCCCGUCUGACAUUAUUAAAUAAGUAUAUUCCACCUGUUAGAGAUGACAUUAUGAUCUCACAAGUAUUUUCAUUUCUUUAACUUGUGAUUCGUUUUACGAAUAAAUAUUUCUAUUACAAUAGAAAUUUUAAAGAAACUUCUAAUUUUGAAAAAUAUUGGAUUGAUUUCUUUUAUUUGUUUUUACCAGAUUCAGAGCGAUUUUACCACCAUUCACUCAAGGUAUACGUUUUCUGUAGACAAUAAUGCAUUACAAUUUAAUGGCUUCAUCAAUAUAACAUUAUAGUGCAUUGCCUUAUUGAUUUAAAGAUAUGUUUUGUUGAUAUAUCAUAGAGACAUUAUACUGGUCUUAUUUUGUUUUCGUCCACACUCGAGACUUCAAAAUGCAUUCACAAAAAAAGGAUGCAUUUUCAUUAAGUUGUAUGUUAGAUAGAACAAUUAACCAUAAGUUGUGAGUUUAAAUAUAUUUUUUGAAAUUUUAAACUUUGCUUGUUUUGAAUGAAUCCACUAUCCACUCAGACCAAAGUAUAACAAUCAAGAUUCAACUGUAUGAUGUAUGGGGGCAGCGGUGGCCGAGUGGUUAAGGUGUCCCAACACUUUAUCACUAGCCCUCCACCUCUGGGUUGCGAGUUUGUUAACCUACGUGGGGCAGUUGCCAGGUACUGACCGUAGGCCGGUGGUAUUUCUGCGGUUACUUUGGCUUUCCUCCACCUCCAAAACCUGGCACGUCCUUAAAUGACCCUGGCUGUUAAUAGGACGUUAAACAAAAACAAACCAAAGUAUGAUGUAUCCCUACCAGUGAAACUGGGUGGACAAUAUCAGUCUGUGGUAUUCCUAUACAUAGGUUGCAUACCACUUUCAUGACCCUCAUUCCAAAUGUCAGGGUAGGAAUUUGGUGUUUUGUGAAAGUUGGAAGGCCAACAUGGGGAGGAGAGCAGGUUAUGUAUGAUUGUUCGCGAUGUAACACAGUCACUGAGACUUCCUGAUUUUUAUCAGUCUUCUAAGUAUUCUGUGCUUCAGUUUCAUCAUUAUUCCUUAACAUAAAUUUUUUCAUGGGAUGGCAGAACAGCAUUUAUGGAAAAUUCCUUUACUUAGAUUUUCCAUCAAUUCCAAAGUUAAUAGAUUUCUUAAAGUUGAGGAGCAUUGAUAAACCAAGUCCAGUUAAACCUUACUUUUAGUAAUUGGAAUACUAUAACCAGGCCUGUUCUUUUACAACUCCUCACCAAAUGUGAUUCAAGUAUUUUUGUUGUGUUGAAUACAGGGGUUGUAUCAGAUUUGUUACUACUAAUUAAAAAAAAAAAAAAAAAAUUUGUCAAGUGGACUAUUUUCCUGUAAAUUUGUGUUAUGGUUUGUGUUGUUCAGUACUAUUGUAACUUUCUACUUGUGCCUUUCAUAAACACCUAGCAUUGUGUGAAGGCUUCCAGCACAGGUAUCUUGUGAAUAAUCGACAUCUGUGUGGCAUUGUCAUUUGUGACAUUGUUAAUCAAUUACUUAUAAUAAAUCUGAACAAUAUAUAUACCUUUCUCUUCAUAUUAUAGCAUUUAUUCUGUACCAUAAGCAACCUAGAACAAACCAUAUUUAAAGAGAAUUGUUUUGGGUCUUAUUUACAGAGAAUUAUUUUGGGGUCGUGUUUAAAGAGAAUUAUUUGGGGGGAAAGCAAAUAGUGGAUACAUGUGUUAGAAAUAUUCAUUAUGUGUGUACAUUUGAGAUAAACACAUCACUUAUAAUAUUUAAAAAAAAAUGACAAAUUUUAUGAUUUCGUUAUUACAUUUGUUACAUGUGAAACAUGGUUACCUUUACAACUGUAUAUAACAUAUGCAAGUGCUAAAAGUUGGGAGCUUUAAACAUUUUUUUUCUUCAAAAACUCGAAAUGGUUUCCUUUUAAUACAAGUGUCAGUGUAACACACAUAAUCGUAAUGUUAUAUUUUCUUUUUCUUAUUUAAUCAAAACUCAUACAAAAUCAUCUGUGUUACUCCGUAUUGUAUGUUGAUCUAUCAUGCCUGUCCCUGUAGACAUAGCAUUCACAUAUUAUUAUAUACUUUAUGAAAGAUAUCUUCGUAGUGCUCAUAUUUUUCUAUAAAAAUAAACAAUUAUUAUAUUAGAAACCA